AUGGUGCUCCCACAGAUUACCGACACCUCUCCGACAACAUCAGCCUCCUUCUCCCCGGAGACAUGGUACAGAAAGGCCUACGAGGAGUCCCGGACCGGCAGCAGACCUGCUCCAGAGGGAGUCGGCUCCAUGCCUAGCUCCACAGGCACCCCCUCCCCAGGAUCUGGCACCUCUUCCCCGGGCUCUUUCUCUGGUUCCCCCGGGACCAUAUCCCCAGGGAUCGGGACCUGUUCUCCCGGGUCUCUGGGUGGAUCGCCAGGUUUCGGUACAGGUUCGCCGGGCUCUGGCAGCGGGAGCUCCCCUGGUUCUGAGAGAGAGAGGGGGAUAUGGUGUGAGAACUGCAAUGCCCGGCUGGCAGAGCUGAAGAGGCAGGCGCUGAAGCUGCUGAUUCCCGGCCCCUACUCCAGCAAGCUCUCUCCCCCCCCAGCUCCAGAUGGUGUAAUGCCCCCAGGUGGGUUAGAUGCCACCCCUGCCAGUCUGCAGUUGUUCUGGCUCCCUCCGGGCCGUGCCAACGCUCCUGGACCCCUAUACUACGACCUACAGAUGAGAGAUACGCCAGACGGUCCUAUACAACAACUGUUGAACAACGUGACGAGCACAUUCAGCCACACAGUGGAAGGUCUGUCUCCAUACACAGACUACCUGUUCAGAGUGGUGGUGUCACACACACACGGAGAGACCGCCAGUGACUGGACCAGCCUACGUACCGCAGAGGACAGUCCAGGUCCUGUGGACCCCCCUGUGGUGUCAGCCCUCCAGUCGCAUAGUGUGUCAGUCUCCUGGGCCCCCCCAGCCCAGCCCAACGGGGUGAUCACCCACUACACUCUACACCUCACCUCCACCCUGUCCCUGUCACACAGCACUGCUACAGUACCAGGCAACACUACCAGUUACAGCCUCUAUAACCUCCUGCCCUACCAACUCUACAGCCUGCAGGUGGAGGCCUGUACCCCGGCAGGGUGUACUCUCUCUGUGGAGUUCCAGUCCUUCCAUACCCCCGCUGCCCCACCGGAGGGGGUCCCAGUUCCCCACCUCUACUCUGACACCCCCACCUCAGUACUGCUGUCCUGGGGAGCCCCGGAGAGGAGCAACGGAGAACUGGAGGGAUGGGUGGUGGAGAGGAGUGUGAGAGGCACCCAGCAGGUAUCUACAGUGGUCAGACUUCCCCCGUCCCCUCCUCCCCUCUCCUAUCUGGACCACUCCUCAGCCCUCAGCCCCUGGACCUCCUACCAGUACCGCCUAGUGGCCAGCACACAGGCUGGAUCUAACACUAGUGCCUGGGCUAACAUCACCACCAGACCCUCUCGCCCUGCCGGUCUAGUCCCACCACGGGUAGAUGUGCUGGGACCGGACUCACUGCAGGUCAUGUGGUCCCCUCCUGUCAUUGCUAACGGAGUGAUCGACCGCUAUGAGAUCCGCCUUCCCGACCCGCGCGUAUCCCACGACGACCUGUCCAACCUCACCGUCACGGUAACAGACCUGGUGCCCUACACUGACUACUUGGUCACCGUCCUGGCCUGCUCCUCCGGGGGUGGCCUUAUUGGGGGUUGCACAGAGAGCCUGCCCACUGCCGUUACUACACUACCCACAAUCCCCCAGGACCUGGCACCACUGGCAGUGGUGGCCAUCAGUGAGUCCUUCCUGGCCGUAUCCUGGCAACCUCCUGACAGGCCCAACGGACCUAACCUCAGAUACGAGCUGCUCAGACGUAAAAGCCGCCAGCCGCUGGCCACGCAGCCCCCGGCAGAUCUCCAUCGCUGGUUCAAUGUUUACGCCGGAGACAAAUUGUUUCACCAAGAUAAAGGCCUUAGCAGGUUCACAUGGUACCAGUACCAGUUACUGGUCUAUAAUGACGUGGGCUACUCUACAGGACAGCUGGCUACGGGUGUUACCCUGGCAGGAGUACCCCUCCACCCGCCCUCUCUGUCUGUCCAGACCAUCGACCAUACAUCCAUACACAUCAGCUGGACAGAACCCUCUCUACAGGAUCUCCAGGGUGAGGUGGAACUCUACACCCUCAGGGUCGAAUCCUCUCACCUCAGACAAACUCUGACCUUCCUUCCUGGGGUCGAUUCCACGGUGAUAGGUGACCUGCAGCCCAACACGCGCUACAGGGUUUCCCUGCAGGUGUCCAAUGGGGCUUACAACACUUCUAAUACCGAGGUCAACUGUACUACUGAAGAUGGAGAGCCAGAGGGAGUGUUUCCUCCAGAGGUGGUUCCUGUAAACAGCAGUACAGUGCGCGUGCUGUGGUCUCCCCCUGUACAGCCUAACGGAGCUGUGACUGAAUACUCUGUCUAUCUAGACGGGACUGUACACGCUACUGCUGAUAACACAUCAGGAUCGUACUUACUGGGAGGACUGCUACCCUUCACCGUCUAUGACAUAAAGGUGGAGGUGUGUACUGUGUAUGGGUGUGUAAAGAGUAACGCUACUCAGGUGACUACAGUGGAGGAUCUACCUGCUGACAUAGCACCUCCACACAUACAGGUGCUCAGCCCCAGAUCAGUGAGGGUGGAGUGGUCUUCUCCAGGUCAGCCCUGUGGUAUCAUGCUAGGCUACGAGGUGUGGAGGAAGAUGCUGAGACCCUGUGGGGGGGCCGAGUGGGGGUCAAGUGUGACCCAGGGGGGUGAGGGGUCAGAGGUCAGAUGCUCCUACCUGCAGUGCUCCGCCUCUCAGGGGGUGUGUGGGGCGUCCUGCUACCAACCUCAGAGACAGGUGUGUUGUGAUGGUGUGGUCUACACCAGUAAACCUCUACACCUGUGCUGUGAGGGGCGUUACCUGCCCUCACCAAAUUCCUCCCACACUCUGUGCUGUGGUGGGAAGCUCCUCCUACCUCUCCCGGAUCACCAAUGCUGUGGUGGAUACUACAUUCCUGUGGCGACUGGUGAGGUGUGUUGUCCUGACCCGGGACAGGGGCGUGUGUCGGUGGGGGUGGGUGACGCUUGCUGUGGGCGGGUGCCUUACUCCCCGUUAGGGGGGCAACUGUGCUGUGGAGGGCUGCUCCAUGACGCCUACAGGUCCCAGUGCUGCGGCAGUACAGUCAUAGAGGAUACCCUGGUCUGCUGUGGAGAUGCAGAGAGAGGGAUGCCACACACACCUUUAACAGGUCUGUCCUGCUGUGGGGAGGACUAUUUGAACUCGUCCACAUCGCUCUGCUGUGUUGGCCAUGAUGGUUUUCCUAGAAUGCAUCCUGCUGGUAACGGAACGGUUCAUCUGCAGUGCUGCGGGUCAGAGGUCAUCAACCAGGAAGAGGAGUGCUGUAACGGAGUGGGCUACAACCCCCACAGACAUGUGUGUGCUGACAGAGUGUCAUCUGGACUAGUGAAGGAGUCUGAUCCAGCCCUCUGCUCCUCCCAAGAAGAUUUGAUCUACAGUGGAGUGGCCAAUAGAUACAGCUACACAGACUCAGACUUGGAGCCUUAUACCACCUAUGAGUACAGAGUAUCGGCCUGGAACAGUUAUGGGCGUGGCUACAGCAACGUCACUGUGGUGACAACCAAUGAGGACACGCCCUGGGGAGUGGCCCCGCCCCACUGGAGUCGCCUAGGCGACCGUGAUGACGUCGUACAACUACAUUGGCAGGCUCCCGCCAAGCCCAAUGGUGACAUCAGCCACUACGUGGUGCUGCGUGACGGACAGGAGCGUUACCGAGGAGACGAGAUGAGCUUUACAGAUGUGGGUGGGAUCCAUCCGUUCCAGGAGUACGGGUACUGGCUCCGGGCCUGUAACACCGCCGGCUGCACCGACAGCUCACAGGUCCUGGCUGUAACUGUGCAGGGGGUACCAGAGGAAGUGGCUUCUCCCAUAGUUACAGCUCUGGGUCCUGGCUCUCUAAGGCUCAGCUGGGCCCCUCCCUCUAAAGCCAAUGGCAUCAUACGACUCUACCACAUCAACAUGACUAGCACCGGGACAAUACACACUCACACACCCUCGGAUGGACCGCUCAACUACACUUUUACAGGUCUGCAGCCUCACUCUGACUACAGCUUUGUGUUGGUGGCCUGUACGGCGGUGGGCUGUGGAGCUAGUCAGCCAUCUACAGGACGCACUCUGCAAGACGCUCCCACAGGAGUGUGGUCCAGCCCUAGACAUGUGGUGGUAAACUCUACAGCAGUAGAGCUGUACUGGGACCAGCCCUUACAGCCUAACGGACAUGUGGCCAGCUACCGUCUACUCCGAGACGGUGUGACUGUGUUUGCUGGAGACAGCCAGGAUAACAACUACACGGACACACAACUGCAGCCCAACACCAGGUAUGUGUUUGUGUUGGAGGCCAGUACCGGGGGCGGUAGUGGUUUGAGUAACAGGUACGUCGUCCAGACACCAGUCUCCUCCCCUCUGGGAGUCCCGCCCCCUCAUAACAUCACCGUGUUUGGCCCCCGCUCUGUCUUCGUCUCCUGGAAACCCCCAGGUGUGUUCAACACCAGUCUUCCUCUAUACUACAACAUCCUGUUGAAUCCAGGAAGUGCCAGGUCUGUGAUGCGUACGGUGGGACGGGAACAGUACCUCAAUGUGUCUGGGUUAGACCCCUACACCCAGUACCACAUCAGAGUCCAGGCCUGCCAAGCCGAUGGGUGUGGGUUGGGUGAGGGGGUGUAUGUGCGUACCUCUGAGGCCCCUCCAGAGGACAUGGACCCCCCCACAGUGACAGCAGCAGGAGCCACAGUCAUCCAGGUCUGCUGGAACCCCCCCCACAAGCCCAAUGGACUCAUCACCUCAUACUUCAUACACAGGCGACCAAUGGGGACGCAGGAGGAGCUGUUGGUGUUUAUCUGGUCCAAUGGGCCGCUAGAGUUUAUCGACGCCAGCGACGCCCUCAAGCCCUUCAGACAAUACCAGUACAGUAUACAUGCCCACAACUCCCGCGGCUCUGCUCGCAGCCAAUGGGCUUCAGCUGUCACCAUGGAGGCGGGUCCAGAGGACAUUGCUCCUCCUAUUGUCACACCGACAAGUGCGUACUCAGUACAGUUGAACUGGACACAGCCUGGACAACCCAAUGGAAGGAUUUCACAGUAUCGCCUGGUGUACAGAAAACAGCACACAGACCCCACACUCAACACCUCUACUAUUACUGCAUUGACGGUACCGGGAAGUACUCUCCUGUCCAGUGUGUAUGGCUUGGAGGCGUUCAGUGUGUACAGUGUGCGUGUGGAAGCAAUGAACGGGGCAGGCAGUGUAUCCAGUCCCUGGGUCAGCAUUAGAACCCUGGAGGCAUCGCCUGCCGGUCUGGCUAACUUCAGUCUGGAGCAGAGAGAGCAGGGCCGGGCCCUUCUGUUAACCUGGGACACGCCUCAUACACCCAACGGGGUUAUCACGAGUUAUAACAUCUACAGUGAGGGAAACCUGGAGUUCAGUGGUCUGUCUCGCCAGUUCCUGUUCCGACGAUUAGAACCCUUCUCCCUCUACUCUCUGGUUCUAGAGGCCUGUACCUCCGCAGGCUGCACCCGUACCCCCCCUCAGUCUGUUACCACGGCAGCAGCCCCCCCGGGCGCCCAGCCUGCCCCCAUACCCAGCGCUAUUGGCCCACACAGCGUAGAACUCACAUGGAGCCUGCCCACUCAUCCCAACGGACCAAUAGGAGAGUACAUCCUGCUGGGGCGGAGUCUGGAUGAUGGGAGGAGGGGGAACAACGAGGAAACAGCGCGGGUACUGUUCCGUGAGAGUUCCACCCAGGCUUCUAGUUUCUCCCACACUGUGACAGGGCUGUGGCCCUGGACCCAAUAUCAGUUCAGCAUCCGUGUCCACAACCCCGCCGGACACGCAGACAGCCCCUGGGUUACCGUGACAACCAGACAGGCCCCCCCGCAUGGCCUAACACCCCCCUCGGUUGUCCACGUGGAGGGGAACCCCUAUGAGCUCCUGGUGUCAUGGACCCCCCCACUGGAGAGUAACGGGGUGCUUCUGUCUUAUAGGAUCCAGAGAGACAACGUCAGUUUCUCCUUUAGUUUUGACCCCAGUGUUUUCAACUACACAGACGAGGACCUGUCUGCCUUCACCUCCUAUAGAUAUGCAAUUACAGCCUGUACUGCUGAGGGCUGUGUUACUAGUCCUGAAACACAGGUAAAGACACUGGAGGCUCCCCCCGCUGCAGUGGACUUUCCCACCAUAACCAGCAUCACAGCCGAUAGUAUCAACGUGUCCUGGACCGUUCCAUUAAUACAGAAUGGGGAGGUGACGCAGUACAUGCUGGAGGCCAACGGAAAGGAGGUUUACCGUGGGAGUGGCUUGUCUGUGGUGAUGUCAGAGCUGCGGCCGCACACACACUACCGCCUCGUCCUAUUGGCUUGUACCAACGGGGGUUGUACCCCCAGCACCCCUAUCAAGGCCCAAACCCUUGAUGCCCCCCCUCGUGGUCUAAAUCCCCCCUCCCUCAAAGUCACCGGCCCAGAGUCUCUCGAAAUCAUAUGGGGCGCACCGAAGCUCCCCAACGGUAUCAUCACAGGUUACGAGCUCCGCCGGGAUGGCCAGGUCAUUUACGUCGGGAUGGAAACGCGUUACCAUGACUUCACGCUGUUGCCGAGCGUGGAGUAUGGCUACAGCGUAACGGCCAACAACAGUCGGGGAGCGGUGACCAGCUCUGUGGCCAAGGCCAGGACUCACCCGUCAGCUCCCUCUGGUGUUGGGCCUCCCACACUGCAGCCUCUGGGGCCUCGGCAGCUGAGGGUGGACUGGGAGCCCCCAGCGAGACCUAACGGGGUGAUCGUCAGCUACACGGUGUACCAGAGAGACCCGACCCUGCCCUCAACACACAGCUUCCUGUAUGACCCAGAACACAGCGCCUUCUCCGGACGCUCCAUCAUACUGAAGCAGCUCACACCCUACCACAGGUACGAGGUGAGAGUGGAGGCGUGUACAGAGCUGGGCUGUGCCUCCAGUGACUGGGUCUCAGUGCUGACACUAGAGUCUCCUCCUACUGGCCAGUCCAUACCACUGCUGGAGCUACAGAGAGACGUCAGGGGCCUACAGACCGUCUUUCUGCUCUCUUGGCCCCCCCCGGCCCAGCCCAAUGGUAGAGUCCUACACUAUGAGGUCUAUAGGAGACUGGGUCAGAACACUGAGGUUAGCGGGGGUGCAGCAGCGCUGGUGUAUAGGAAUGAUUCCGCAACGUGCCGUGAUGCCGGUCUCCUGCCCUACACUGACUACCAGUACCAGGUUUGGGCGGUGAAUUCUGUUGGUCGUUCAGGAAGCCAAUGGGCCAAUGGGAGAACAGGUCCCGCCCCUCCUGAGGGUGUUGGCCCGCCAACCUUCCUGCGUAUCUUAGCAACCUCGGCUGUUGUUGACAUCCGCCCCCCUACAAGGCCCAAUGGCAUCGUCAGCCUUUACAGGGUGUUCUCAGAGGGCCCCAACGCUACACACACACUGCUUUCAGAGGGGAUAUCUCGUCAGCAGACCCUCCAUGGCCUGAGUCCAUACACUCAGUACUGGGUAGGAGUAGAAGCCUGUACCUGCUACCAGUGCUGCAGCCAGGGCCCCAUGAGUGAGCUGCGCACCCAGGCCUCCCCCCCAGCACAGCAGCCAUCCCCUCGCCCAGUGGCUCUGACAUCACGCUCAGCACAGGUGGAGUGGGACGAACCGCUCGCCCCCAACGGACUCAUAGAGAGUUGUGAGCUGCACAUUCGUUCCUCCUGCCCCCAGCCUCCCCAGCCAGUCCCGCCGCUCUGUGUGGAGGGACCAAUAGAAAUGCGGUUCUUCGGGAGGGGCAGGAACUACAACGUAACAGGUCUGCAGCCCUACUCUAGCUACCAGCUCAGCGCUACCUGUUAUAACAACAUGGGUAGUACCGCCUCCAUCUGGACUACUGUUACUACACUCACUGAGGCUCCUCAGUAUAUCUCUCCAUUUGAGGUGUACAGUAACCUGACUCUGGUGUGGCUGGACUGGAGUGCCUCUUUCUCUCUGAACGGUUUUCUGAGAGACUACUCACUGACAGACAACAACCUGAGAGUCUACAUUGGCUUCCACAGCUACCUCUAUAUACCCCGCACCUCAGAGAAGACCCUCUCCCUCCAGGUGACCUGUACCACAGACAUUGGCAGUGCCAGCACCCCUAUCAUCAGAUACAGUCCUGCUACAGGUCCGGUGGAGCCCACCCCAGGAGGGAAGCAGGGUGUGGGGACCCAGGGAGCUCCAGUCUACUCUGAGAUGUGGUUCAUCCUGCUGCUAGUCUUUCUGGGUCUCCUGGUCCUGGCUGUGCUGCUGGGCCUGGUGCUGAGGAGGGCCCUGAGGAAAGAACCCUUCAUUAGAGAACGCCCCCCUCUCGUCCCCCUGCAGAAGAGGAGCCAGGCGGGAGGAGACGCUUACAUGAGGCCCUAUUCUCACACCCGUAUGUGCCUCAACACCGUUCUGACACGUAUGUGCCUCAACACCGUUCUGACCCGUAUGUGCCUCAACACCGUUCUGACCCGUAUGUGCCUCAACACCGUUCUGACACGUAUGUGCCUCAACACCGUUCUGACCCGUAUGUGCCUCAACACCGUUCUGACCCGUAUGUGCCUCAACACCGUUCUGACCCGUAUGUGCCUCAACACCGUUCUGACCCGUAUGUGCCUCAACACCGCUCUGACACGUAUGUGCCUCAACACCGUUCUGACCCGUGUGUGCCUCAACACCGCUCUGACACGUAUGUGCCUCAACACCGUUCUGACCCGUGUGUGCCUCAACACCGCUCUGACCCGUGUGUGCCUCAACACCGCUCUGACCCGUGUGUGCCUCAACACCGCUCUGACACGUAUGUGCCUCAACACCGCUCUGACACGUAUGUGCCUCAACACCGCUCUGACACGUAUGUGCCUCAACACCGCUCUGACACGUAUGUGCCUCAACACCGCUCUGACACGUAUGUGCCUCAACACCGCUCUGACACGUAUGUGCCUCAACACCGCUCUGACACGUAUGUGCCUCAACACCGCUCUGACACGUAUGUGCCUCAACACCGCUCUGACACGUAUGUGCCUCAACACCGCUCUGACCCGUGUGUGCCUCAACACCGCUCUGACACGUAUGUGCCUCAACACCGCUCUGACACGUAUGUGCCUCAACACCGUUCUGACCCGUGUGUGCCUCAACACCGCUCUGACACGUAUGUGCCUCAACACCGCUCUGACACGUAUGUGCCUCAACACCGCUCUGACACGUAUGUGCCUCAACACCGUUCUGACCCGUGUGUGCCUCAACACCGCUCUGACACGUAUGUGCCUCAACACCGCUCUGACCCGUGUGUGCCUCAACACCGCUCUGACACGUAUGUGCCUCAACACCGUUCUGACCCGUAUGUGCCUCAACACCGUUCUGACCCGUGUGUGCCUCAACACCGCUCUGACACGUAUGUGCCUCAACACCGUUCUGACCCGUAUGUGCCUCAACACCGUUCUGACCCGUGUGUGCCUCAACACCGCUCUGACACGUAUGUGCCUCAACACCGCUCUGACACGUAUGUGCCUCAACACCGUUCUGACCCGUGUGUGCCUCAACACCGCUCUGACACGUAUGUGCCUCAACACCGCUCUGACACGUAUGUGCCUCAACACCGCUCUGACACGUAUGUGCCUCAACACCGUUCUGACCCGUGUGUGCCUCAACACCGCUCUGACACGUAUGUGCCUCAACACCGCUCUGACCCGUGUGUGCCUCAACACCGCUCUGACACGUAUGUGCCUCAACACCGUUCUGACCCGUAUGUGCCUCAACACCGUUCUGACCCGUGUGUGCCUCAACACCGCUCUGACACGUAUGUGCCUCAACACCGUUCUGACCCGUAUGUGCCUCAACACCGUUCUGACCCGUGUGUGCCUCAACACCGCUCUGACACGUAUGUGCCUCAACACCGCUCUGACACGUAUGUGCCUCAACACCGUUCUGACCCGUGUGUGCCUCAACACCGUUCUGACCCGUAUGUGCCUCAACACCGUUCUGACCCGUAUGUGCCUCAACACCGCUCUGACACGUAUGUGCCUCAACACCGUUCUGACCCGUAUGUGCCUCAACACCGUUCUGACCCGUGUGUGCCUCAACACCGCUCUGACACGUGUGUGCCUCAACACCGCUCUGACACGUAUGUGCCUCAACACCGUUCUGACCCGUAUGUGCCUCAACACCGCUCUGACACGUAUGUGCCUCAACACCGUUCUGACCCGUAUGUGCCUCAACACCGCUCUGACACGUAUGUGCCUCAACACCGCUCUGACACGUAUGUGCCUCAACACCGUUCUGACCCGUGUGUGCCUCAACACCGUUCUGACCCGUGUGUGCCUCAACACCGUUCUGACCCGUAUGUGCCUCAACACCGUUCUGACCCGUGUGUGCCUCAACACCGCUCUGACACGUAUGUGCCUCAACACCGCUCUGACACGUAUGUGCCUCAACACCGCUCUGACACGUAUGUGCCUCAACACCGUUCUGACCCGUGUGUGCCUCAACACCGUUCUGACCCGUGUGUGCCUCAACACCGUUCUGACCCGUAUGUGCCUCAACACCGUUCUGACCCGUGUGUGCCUCAACACCUUUGAUACGGUAACAGACUGUCUAGAGGACAGCAACGUGACUCUAAAGAGCUACACUAUGAACUAUGAGUAUGUGGGAUACUUCUAUUGUAUUGGUAUGUGGCUGAUGAUUGUGUUGAUGAAGGUCGGUAUAUCAUUGCAUUUAAUUUCCUCUACUUCCUGUUACCCAUCACCCCGCCAGGGCCUGACGGACAGUAAGAUUGUGGGCGGAGGCUCACGGUUCAGCCCCAUGUCGGUCCUCCGUGUGCCCAGCCAAUCACAGCUCAGCCAUGCCUACUCCCAGAACUCCCUGCACCGCAGCGUCAGUCAGCUGAUCGAACAGGACAGAAAGUCUCUGAUGGGGGAGGGAGGACAAGACUCUGGGCUGGGACACGACUCUGGGCUGUAUGUGGAGGAUGAUGAGUUUGUUGAAGCCAUCAAAGCCUUCAGCUCUGUGAGGAAGGAACACACCAUGUUCACAGACACACACCUCUAGAUGGGGUCCCCCCCCACACACACUACAACCACCAACAUCGACACACUACAACUGAACUGAAAACCCAGAACUCAACUUACUAACCCCCAGCAGUCAAAACAUGAACACAAACCAUGGACCUCAAACUGAAACCAUGAACCCUGAACUCAAGUUAGGAAUCCUGGAUUCAGAACUGAAAGAAUCCCAGGCUUUCUAAAACUCCUAUACUCAUCAUUAUUACUUUAUGCCAACUGUCAUAACCUGGAAACAGCUAAACAUUUCAGCAAGUGUGGAACUCAAAGCAAUGCCUCUCACCUCUUUCAUUUUUAUCAUAACAGUUAACCUACUGUAAGUGUGUGGUAACUGUGCCUAGUAAACCUAGCAUCAAUGACAUUUUUAAUGGUAUUUGUGACAAGACCAUUUUUAUAAUCAGUGUAAAAGCCAACUGUUUAUGUGAAUGAACUAUAUCCACAAAUGUAUCAUCUGACAGUAUUUGGUUGAUCAAUGUUGUGGUAAGUGGUUGACGGAAGUUUUGAUGUGGUAAUAGUUUUCUUGAGGUUAACCAUAGUGCUGUGUGGUGCUUCCACACACCUAACAUUGUGUUUCAAACUACA